AAUGUGGGACUGGUCGGAGUUGCCAACGGAGAUCAUCCACAUGAUCUCUCUGAGAAUCGACAACCCAUUCGAUCUGAUCCAUUUUCGAUCGGUAUGUUCGUGGUGGAGAUCCUCUAGUCUAGCCACAUUCCGACCAGUUCCAUCACAUAGAUGUCCUCUUCCUGCAGAUGUUGGUGGUUGUGGAGAUGAUUGCCAUAUCUUGAGGACCCGUGUUUAUCUGAUCACCUCUGUUUCUCGUGAUCCUCCUCCACGAUUUUGGUUGUUUAAACUACAAGAAGAGGAGAAUGGAGCAUUUGCUCUUCAAUGUUUGUUCGGUAGUGGAACCUCCUCUGAGUUUCGAUGUUCAUAUCCAAGUCUGUCACUUGACUUGCUCAACUCUCAAGUCACUGAGCUAGCUCAAGAACAUGUCGCUUGUUACACCUCUUGGUGCGACCUAUUCGAUGAAGUUGGUUAUCCGUAUAAAGGUGUAGAAUCUAUCGGCUAUAUGCAGUUGGAUGCAGAGAACAAGGAAUUUAUGAUUUUGGGAAGGCUCUCUUUCCAGGGUCUUGGCAUGUAUAGGUCAUUUGAGCAGCGUUGGACCGAGAUCGAAACAACAACUCCUCUGUUUGCACACAGGAUUACAUCUUUUAACGGAAAUUUUUAUGUCAUCGAUCCUGCCGGAGUAACGCUGGUGGUAAAACCAACUCUAGAAGUUAGUUCGUUUCAGCGAUCGAGGCCUUGUGAUAAGACAAGGAGACGUUGGCUUGUGAAGUCAGAGGACAAACUCCUACUAGUAGAGAUGUGCACCAAGAACCGAAAUGAGUAUGUCACGCCAAAACUCCUAGCGGAAAAAGGAUGGUUCGAGGUUUCGGAGUUGAACAAGGAGAGAAACGAUUGGAUUAAAGUGGAAGAUCUGGGUGGUCGGGUCUUGUUCUUGGACUACGAUUGCUCUUUGUCUUGCUUGCCUAAUCAAGUUCCGGGUUUCAGACCCAACUCUAUAAUCUUCAUGGGUAUUUUUGGAUGUUAUACAAAUCGGCAUGAAAGUUUUGAGGUGUUUGAAUUUGGUGAGCAAGGCUUUAGAUCUUUUGGAGAUAUCCCUGAGUAUAUUCGACUUUUUCCAUCUCCCCCAUGGAUGUUUUCCAACGGUUGA